GCAUAUCGUGAAACUGAAACACAGCAAAGGCGAUCAUGUUUAAGUUCAAGCUACUUCUUUUGAAAUAUCAUUCACACUUAAGUUCUCGCAGAUCUCUGUACCACCGUUCUUUAAUCUGUGUUUCUUUUUUCCAUCAAUGGAUGCCCAACCGGUUCAAACUCGAAUUCUUCCAGAUUCUGGGGGUGGUGGGAGUGGGGCCCAAGAGAGGUUGGAGGGGAAGGGAAGGACGGUGAAGAUGGAAGAGGAGGAGACGGAGAAGGGAGGAUCACCUUCGAUCAAGUUGGGACUGGGGAUUGAUGGGACGACGUCGGAGAAACCCGUGAAGAAACACGGGAAGUGUGUGUUUACGACAGCUCAGUUGCAUGACCUGCAAUUACAAACGCUCAUCUUCAAAUACAUAGCGGGUGGAAUCCAAGUUCCCGUUAACCUUGUUAUACCCAUUUGGAAAAGCGUCGCUUCCUCCUUUGGCUCUGCUCGUGGCUGUAUCUAUGAACGGUAUCCCAGCUUUGUAGGAGUCAGUCCUCAAGCAUUGGAUUAUAGGAACAUGGCGGAUCCUGAGCCGGGAAGGUGUCGAAGAACUGAUGGGAAAAAAUGGCGGUGCAGUAAGAAUGUGAUUCCUUAUCAGAAAUAUUGUGAACAGCACAUGCAUAGAGGUUGUCGGCGUUCAAGAAAGCCUGUGGAAACUUCUCAAUCCGCUUUGCCUGACUCAACAUCAUCAAAAUUUUCAAUCAGAUUGUCAGAAAACUCAAAAAACCUUCCAACACCUGUAAGUUUUCAGUACACGAACCCAUUUUCCUGUAAUACCAGCACCAGCCAUGGAACCACUGCUAUAGAAAGCAACAAUGUAUGCAGCAACCGAAACUCCAUUUCUAUCAAUGCUGCAACUAGUGGCACCAUCAUUGCCACAAUGAAGAACGACAACAAAAAUGAUCCGAAAAGGAACAAAAACGUGACAAAUACUAGUGAGAAGGGUGAAGAAAAACUCUCUGUAAGUAACAAUAAUACCAUCAAAAGAAGCAGCAAGAGUGGAAACAAGGCCACUGUCGGUAAUAAUAUAUCUCCGAGUGUGGGUUUUUCUCCAAAAAGCGUUCUUCAAGUGCUAGGCAACAGCAGUUCCCGUGCUUACAAAAAUGAAAUAGAACUUGAGCCUGGGAGGUGUAGAAGAACAGAUGGGAAAAGAUGGCGAUGCAGCAGGGAUGUUAUCCCCGAUCAAAAAUAUUGUGCACGACACAUGCACAGAGGUGCUAGAAAACAGACUGAGGUUUCUCAGCCUGUUGCAGUUCCCAGUGUUGGUGAAUGCCGUCCACCUAGUAGAUUAACAACAGCAUACAAAGCAGCAUGUCCAGCCCUGAGCACCAGUCUGUCUAUUUCGAUUCCAAGGUCGCAGCACAUUGCAGAAGAUGAAAAGAGUACGAGCAGCAGCAGUGAGACGACCAUCAGUGACACCACGAUUACUGUCUUCGAGAAUAGUAACUUAGAUGUGAUAUUUGGAAAGUUGUGAUGAUUGAGGUGUUUGUUCCUAAAGACAAACUAGUAUAUAGGUAUCAGUGGCAAAUUGUUGAGUCUAAAAUUUUGUCAAGAUGAAAAUGGGUGCCUUAUUUUUGCGUUUUCAGGUGAGCAAAAUGAGACGAGUUCCUUGGUAUGGCCAUGGAAAUGGGUUUUUCUGUAUAAUGUCCAAUGUACUUAAUUUCCCUGCUGUUGGGCUUCUAUAUGCUAUAAUUACUUAGAAGUUUGUA